GUGGUUCAAAAACAAAAAAAAAAACCCACCGCGUUGCAUCAAGUUUGGAAAUGGGCCUUCAUCACUGAUCCAUUCAUGUUUGUUUAUUCGGCUGUUUACAUGAUUCUGUUCAACUGAUUCCAGCUGACAGGUGACAGCCAAAUUACUACUGCUUAAUUGGGCCCCAAGGUCAACGCUAGAGCAAAGAAAAAGCGCUUCAGAUGGACACAGGAGCACUUUUCUUAUCCUCAGGAGAAGAAAUGUAAAUUCCAUGUCGGACAUGACAUCAGAAGAGAGGUGUCAUGAAGUUUCGGAGGAAGACGAUCAACAAGCAGAUACUGUGAUAAAAGUAAAUCACAAACCUCCGCCCGAUGGAGGGUGGGGAUGGGUCGUUUGUCUCGGAGCAUGGAUUGUGAACUUCUUAACAGUAGGGCAGCAGAAUGCAGCCGGUGUGGUGUACUCGGCGCUUUUGAACGAAUAUUCCACAAAAAGAGGGGAAACAGGUAAAGUUGCUUACACAUUCAACCGAACUAAACGUGUUCGGAUUUUGUUGAAUACUCAGUCUAGACAUUUUGUUUCUUUAUUUUUGAAAACGACUCUCUGGUAAACGGAAACUGAGAUGUGAAUCAAAGCAGUAUGUGUGCGCAAUACAACAUUUCGUGGUUUUCUUCCCUAUUUUGACCAUCAUUUUUCUAUUUUGAAUUUUAUAAACUUCCCCUUUAAGGUCUGUCAUAUAAUUUUCGAGUAAUUGAUGCACAACUUAAUAAAGUGUGAGGUCAGAGCCCCAUUCUAUUCUCGUCUAAGCAGAAGCUUCCAACUUGAAUAUUGGAAAUCGUUCAGAAAUAAUCAUGAAGGUUUAUGCAAAAGGUCGCUUUAGAUUUUUACUCCUUGCGAUUUCCCUUCACAAUCUGGUGGCUAUAGUUAUCCAAAACUCAGUCGAGUCAUUUUGUUUCUUUAUUUUUCAAACGAUUCUCCGGUAAACAGAGACUGAGAUGUGAAUCAAAGCGGUAUGUGUGCGUAUUACUUAAUAAUUGGUUCAUAUGUCAGUGUGCGUUCAUCGAGGUGUGAAGAACGCAGGAUGUUUGGACAGCACGAAAGAUGCGUAAGAGUUGCUCGAGGCGUAGCCUCUAGCUUCUUGAGUGCUCUCCAAACUUCCCAAGUGCUUCAUAUCUUGAUGAACGCACAGCUUACGUAUGAACCAAUUGUUAAGUAAUACGCACACCGAUGGAAAAUCUUUUUCCCGAGGGAUUUGGUUGCUGACGUCAUGAGCGUGCACAAUAGGAAUAUGAAACACGCUCGCGUAAUUGAAUUUGAUUAUACAAAUUUACUAGCUAUGUUAUUAAACAUUUUGAGGUUUUCUUCCCUAUUUUGACCAUCAUUUCAUUUUAAUCGCGUGUCAAUUUUUCUAUUUUGAAUUUUCUAAAAUUUUCAUUUAAGGUCUGUCAUAUAUUUUUCGAGUAAUUUAUGCACAACUUAAGACGUGACUUCAUGAAGUGUUAGGUCAGAUCCCUUAUCUAUUCACGUCUAAGCAGAAGCUUCCAACUUCAACAUUGGAAAUCGUUCAAAGAUAAUCGUGACAGUUUAUAUAAAAGGUCGCUUUAAAUUAAAACGAGUUUUGUUUCUUGCGAUUUCCCUUUACAAUCUGAUGGCUAUAUCUAUCUAAAACUCAGUCUAGUCAUUUUGUUUCUUCAUUUUUCAAAACGAUUCUCUGGUGCGUGUGCGUAAUACAACAUUUUGUGGUUUUCAUUUUAAUCAAGAGUCACUGUUUCUAUCUUGAAUUUUUAAACUUCCCUUUUAAGCUCUGUUUAUAAUUUUCAAGUAAUUUUUGCACAACGUAAGACGUGACUUAAUAAAGUGUGAGGUCAAAUGUGUGAGGCCCCUUUCUAUUUUCAUAUUAGCAGAAUCUUCCGGUUAAGAGAUGUCGAAUUUCCGCUAUCUGAUGUACAGAGUACACUUGAAUAUUGCAAAUCGUUUAAAAAAUAAUCGUGACAGUUUAUGUAAAAGGUCGCUUUAGAUUAAACCGAGUUUUACUCCUUGUGAUUUCCCUUCACAAUCUGUUGGCUAUAUCCAAUCAGAGUAAGAACUGCAUGUCCAUUUAAAAGCCUGAUUAAAGGCUGAUAAGAACGAGCAGCUUUUUUUAACGGCCUCCUUAAAAAGUCUCCAUCGCGACAUUCACAAAGCCCGUUAUGUUGUUCUUUAGUCGUUGUCUUUUUAUCAAGCCUACAUUGCUAAUCCAGGUCUAUGUAUCAUUUCGUGGUCCACAGCUUUAAAACUCAACUUGGCCUAAUGAGCAUUGCCCAUUACCUCUUGCAAAAUCUUACUCUAUUCUUUUCAACCGCUUGAAAGCGUUGAGGUAAAAAAAUAAAACAUCAGAACAAUAUUAUCUUUCUAGAUGGACGAGUUUUUCAAUUGAGUAAAUAGCCUAUCAUCUUUCUCAACAGCUUGGGUUGCCUCGCUGGCGGCCAGUAUGAUGUAUCUGUUCGCUGCUGUGGGCACCUCUCUCGCUGAACGUUUCGGAAGCCGAUUGGUUGUCAUCAUUGGAUCUUUCGUCUCAGCUUCAGGCCUCCUUGCCAGUUCCUUCGCAACAACGCUCACACCCCUGUAUGGAAGCUACGGAAUUAUAUGGGGUCUGGGAGCAAGUCUGGGCUUAUUUCCCUCGCUCGUGAUACUAACAACGUACUUCAGGAGGCGCCUUGCCCUUGCAUCUGGGAUGGCUCUGGCAGGAGCGGCGUGUGGCACCCUAGUAUAUGGGCCUGUGAUACAACUCCUUGUAUCAAAGUACGGGAUUUCAGUUACAUUUCGGAUUCUUGCCGCCGUUCAGAGUUUAAUGUUUAUGAGUGGAUUGCUAUUUCGGCCUGUGGAGAGCCAUAAAGCCUGCCGAGACAGACAAAGAGAAAACAACGGCAACAUUUUCAAGAAAGCAUACGUCAUCUGGGUUGCUUCGCUUUGUGUGUUCAUGCUUGUGUUUCUCGUGCCUUUUGUUCACUUGGUAAGUUAAGCAGACAGAUGAAUUGUUUCCUCCCUCACUAUCCAAAGCCUCCACUUCCAAAAAGUUGCUUUCAGUUAGUUGAGAAUGUUCAGGUUCCAUCUCUGUUUGAUAAUUUCCUGUAUUUCAGUCUCACUGAGAGAAAGUUUGUGUCUACUUCUCUGAAGCUGUUGGCCAUAUUUUUGAAACUAAAAAGCAGCCUUUUACUCCCAAAGGCUGCUCGCAAAUCUGCGAAAAAUAAGAGUCUUGUAAUCGAAUAAGGCUGACGAUCCAUCACAGCCUGGGCUUAUCCCGUUUUCAGAGCCGUGAAGGAACCAAAGUAUUGCCUCUCCUUCGAAUUUGUCCAUAGCAGUGAACUAAUCAGUUCCUCUGACAGUUUGCUGGUUUUCCUUUACACUACGUGGGUGGAGAGGCAGUGAGGGAGAAAAGUCUCUUUGCCAAAGAAAACAAGUGAACACAAAUUUAAUUUGUUCCCAAGGAAAAAAAUUUCCUUUAUUUUGUAUUUUAAUUAUGUUUACUGAACAAAAUUGAGGCGACCUUGUAAAUUGAACAGAUCUGCAGUGAUUCAUGGUCAGUAUUCAUGUAUCACAUCAAGACGAUGACCAAAUCAAGUUGGUUUCUGCGACUGUGGAGCGUUAUUUUAUACCAGAAUUUGUUCCUUCUUCGUUUAGGUUCGCUUUACAGAGGACAAAGGAAUCAACACGACCAAAGCCUCUCUUCUAACAGGUUAUAUGGCCUUUGGAGGACUUACGGGAAGUAUCGCCUUUGGCAUUGCAUGCAAUCAUCCGAAAUUCAACCGCCUCAAGGUCUGCCAGCUCUCUCUCCUUCUCAUAGCUAUUUCUUCCUCCCUUGUCGCCAGGGCGAAUAAAUAUGUCUGGAUUUGCGUGUACGCGUUCACUUUUGGUGUUUUUGAUGGAUGCUACGAAAUGCUUGUUCCCGUUAUCACGCGGGAUAUCGCAGGCCCUCAAAGAGUAGCGCACGCCAUCGGUUUGCUUUACUGUAUGAUGGCGUUUCCAAAAACGCUCGGCCCACCAAUCGCUGGUUGGCUUUUCGACUUGUCCAAUGACUACAGUGUUUCUUUUUACGUCACUAGCGCUGUAACCAUUAUUGCAACAGCCGUCAUGUUCCUUCUCAAUUGGGUUCCACUCCACAAAGAUCGCUUAGAGAUGGAAGGAAAUGAAAUGCACUCUCCGAAAAUUACAAACGGGCCUUCUCACGAAAGCAUUUGCGAUGGCUUCGGGAUAAACUUAAGAUCAGAAGCCGACGACUUCGUUACUCGCAGGUGGCUGCCAAUUUACUGGGUUGAAAGUCGCGGAGAAUACGAAUAUCGCGAAAAGCUGACAGUGCUGUGA